GCUUACGCCUCAUCCUGUUCCUGUGGCAAAAGAGGUGACCUCUCGCUCUCUCUCUCUCUCUCCCUCUCUAACUAACUGCGGAAGAACAUUGAUUGAAAACCCAUUAUACAAAAAAAUGGCGGGCUUCUGCACUUCACUGGCAUCACUAAAAUAAAUAAGCUAGUUGCCAUCUGUGUACCGUCAUAUUAAAGAGGGCGAAGACUCACCUGUCACUCUCUACCAGUCACCUUCCCCCUCCCUCCUUAAGAACGGCACAACUCAUCUCAGGCACAUUACAUAUAUGCAUGGCUUCGGCCUCCUAACCGCCAUCAGCCAGCUGCGCAGUUCCAGAGAAGUAAAGGGCGCCUUUCCUCUCCCUCUCGCGUCCCGUCUUCUCCCUCCAUCAUGGGGGUGCCCGCACCUUCCCCCCUCAAUCCUCUCUCGUCCGAAGACCCUGAGACCCAUUUUCCCCACAGCCUCUACACACACCUCUUCCGCUCCUUGUUCAAGACUGUGAGUAGGAACCUCCUCCUGUUUACCGUCUCCCUCGAAGUAUCCACCUUUGCGUGGUGGGGUUGCAGCCCCACCACCUACGCGGUUCCUCUCUUUUUCUUGCUACUGUGUGCCGCCAUGGCUCAGUAUUGGCUCACCCGCCCUCGCCCCGUGUAUUUGGUGGACUUCUCCUGUCUCAAGCCACCUUCCCAUCUGAGGGUACCGUUCAGCACCUUCAGCGAGCACGCUUCCCUGGUGGGGUUCCUCAACCAGGAGAGCAUCGACUUCAUGAUGAAGGUCAUACGUAGCUCCGGCCAGGGCGAGAUGACCUACCUCCCCCCUCCCCUGCACUUCCUCCCUCCCAGGACCAACCACAGCGACUGCGUUGACGAAGCCUGCAUGGUCCUCUUCCCCGUCAUGGAUGAUCUCCUCGCCAAGACAUGCACCUCCCCUCGGGCCAUCGACUUCUUGAUCGUCAACUGCAGUGGCUUCUGCCCUUCCCCCUCCCUCACCUCCAUCCUUGUCAACGCCUACGGCAUGAGGGAGGACAUAAAGACCUACAACUUAUCCGGGAUGGGGUGCAGCGCCGGAAUCCUGGGAGUCGACUUGGCUCGAAGGCUCCUGGACCUGCACCCCGACUCCAUAGCCCUCGUGCUCAGCACGGAGAUCAUCUCCACCGGGUGGUACCCGGGGAAAGACCGCAGGAAACUUGUGCUUAACUGCUUGUUCAGGAUGGGAUGCUCCGGGUUGAUGCUGAGCAACAGGAAGGAUGCGAAGCGCAGGGCCAAGUAUGAGUUGUUAUGCACGGUGAGGACUCAGAUGGCGUUCGACGACCGAGCUUACAGGUCGGCGGUGCGGGAGGAAGACGAGGACGGCAUCACCGGAGUGACACUCGAGAGAGACCUGCUGCACGUGGCCCGAGAGCUGCUCGUCGCGCACCUUUCGGUGCUGGGUCGCCGGAUCCUGCCCUUCAGCGAGAAGGCACUGUACGUUCUGUGGAUGCUGCGCAGGAGGUACUGUGGCUCCUCGAAGGAGAUCCACGUCCCGGAUUUCAAGUCGGCGGUACACCACUUCUGCAUUCCGCCGUCGGGCAAGGGCCUGAUUAAAGAGAUAGGGAAGAGCCUCAAGUUGAGGCCACAGGACGUGGAGCCGGCGCUCAUGACGCUGCAUCGCUUCGGCAACCAGUCGGCUGCGGCACUGUGGUACGAGCUGGCGUACAUCGAGGCGAAGGGGAGGGUGAAGAAGGGCGAUAAGGUGUGGCAGGUGGGGAUGGGGACGGGGCCAAAGGCCAACAGUGCUGUCUGGAGAAGCUUGCGGUCCAUCAAGGCCGAGGGCGGGCCCUGGUCCGACUGCAUCGACGCCUACCCUGUUGUUGACUGAUGUAUUGUUUUGCUGUCGUGCCCCCUCCAUAUUGAAGAAGACCAUGGCUCGUAAGCAGUAAUGUUCCGGCUAGAUAGCACUGUUGUUAAGCUCAUUUCUCUAUCUUUUCUUCCGUAAUGAUGAUUAUGAGUUCAUGGUUUUC